AUGAGGCUGCAGCUGUUGCUGCUCGAAUUGUUGGCUGUUGCCGCCGCUGCGCUUGCUGCCGGCAUCAACAUCAAUGCGAACGAUCCGUGCUAUUUUGAGGGCAAGCCACGCAAAUGUUUGCCGAGCUUUGUGAAUGCCGCCUACGGGAAUCCCGUGCAGGCGUCCAGCGUUUGCGGCUAUCCGCAGCCGGAGCGUUUCUGUGAGUUGCAGCGCGACGGUAGCGCCGGUGAGUGCAGACUGUGCGACAAGGCGGACAAGGCGGACAGGGAGCAUCGAUACGGAGCGGCUGCCCUCACCGAUCUCAACAAUCCGAGCAAUGUGACAUGCUGGCGCUCUGGCAGUGUGAAUGUGCCGCAUGAUCCGGAUACGGCGCCCCCGGACAAUGUCACCCUGACCCUAUCGCUGGGCAAGAAAUAUGAGUUGACCUAUAUCUCUCUGUCGUUCUGCCCAAAAUCACCGCGUCCCGACUCCAUGGCCAUCUACAAGAGCUCCGACUUUGGCCAGACCUGGCAGCCGUUUCAAUUCUACAGCUCACAGUGCCAGAAGUUCUACGGCCGUGCGGAUCGGGCCAAGAUCAGCAAGUUCAAUGAGCAGGAAGCGCGUUGCAUGAAUUCACAGCAUGAUGGGUCUAGUGCUGGGGCGGCACAGCGAUUCGCAUUCAAUACGCUGGAGGGCAGACCGUCGGCCAAUGAUCUGGAUGCAUCACUGGUGCUGCAGGAUUGGGUGACCGCAACCGAUAUUCGUGUCGUGUUCCAUCGCCUUGAGUUGCCACCGCAGCUGCUGCUGAGUCGCGAGCGCGCACGGGCCAAGGCUAAGGGAAAGGGGAAUGCUAACAGUUUCAGCGAUGAGAUGACCGCCAGCCAGGAGGACGAAAUGGACGAACUGGAUGGCCAUGAGCUGGACGAGCAGGAUGAGUACGACUAUAAUCUGCACGACAACGAUAGCGCAGGCUACGACCAGGACGAAUACGAGGAGCCCAAAAAGCAUCUCGAGCUCGAUGACGAACUGCAUCUGGACUAUGCCAACGAUGGCGAGAGCAAGCGUCACUCCAAGCACAAGAGCAGCGCCUACGAUAAACAUUUCCAGGGCAAGCUGCUAGCCAGCACCACCCCAACACCGCCGGUCACAUCUGCCGCGUUGACCAAAACAACUGCCGCUGGCAAACCCACAUCUGCAUCCUCAUCUGCCUCUGCAUCCGCACUGGAAAGCGCUGCUGAAGCCGAGUUGCAGCAUUUGUUGUCAAUCUCGCAGCAUUAUGCCGUCUCCGAUUUUGCAGUAGGCGGCCGUUGCAAGUGCAAUGGCCACGCCUCCGAAUGCAUCGCCACCAGCAGUGGCAGUUCCAGCUCCAGCUCCAACUUGGCUCACGGCGAUGGCGGCGACGAUGGCCAGGACGACGAUUUGCCCACCUCGCUGCACAGCCACUUCGGACGUACCACGUCCAGCCUGCAGCUGAGCGCCAAGCUGGCCAUGACCUGCGCCUGCAAGCACAACACAGCCGGACCCGAGUGCGAGCGAUGCAAACCCUUCUACUUCGACCGACCCUGGGGACGUGCCACCGACAACGAUGCCAACGAAUGCAAGAUGUGCCAGUGCAAUGGGCAUGCCCGACGCUGCCGCUUCAAUCUGGAGCUGUACAAGCUGUCGGGUCGUGUCUCCGGCGGCGUUUGCUACAACUGUCAGCACGAUACGACCGGACGGUACUGUCACUAUUGCCGUGAGGGCUACUAUCGGGAUGCCACCAAGCCGCCCAAUCAUCGCAAAGUCUGCAAACGCUGCGACUGUCAUCCUGUAGGUUCCACUGGCAAGACCUGCAAUCAUCUGAGUGGUCAGUGCCCCUGCAAGGAGGGCGUCACCGGCCUGACCUGCAAUCGUUGUGCACGCGGCUAUCAACAGACGCGCUCCCAUGUGGCGCCCUGCAUAAAAGUGCCCACAAAUGCGAACAUGAUCCAAGCGGAAAGCGCCGGCGGCGGUGGAGGAGGAACUGGUGACUAUAAGGAUGGCGCUGGCUCGCAGGCCGAAGAAAUGAAAAAGUAUUGCGGCAAGUGCAAGGCCAGUCCCAAGAAACUCAAUCUGAACAAGUUUUGCAUGGAGGACUACGCUUUGCUGGCAAAGGUAAUCGGUCACGAUCGCGCCUCUCAGGACAUUAGCACUGAGAAGUUCUCGAUUGAGCGACAGAACGAGAUCUACAAAUACGAGAUAAACAUACAGACAAUUUUCAAGCGGAAUCCAAUGUCGGGAACGACCAGCUCGCUGCUGGGGCGUGGCAACAUGAUGCUGCUUGUGCCACGCAAGAGCAUCGAGUGCCAGUGCCCCAAAAUCAAGCUGAACAAAUCGUAUCUAAUACUCGGACGUGACUCGGAGGCAGCGCCGGGCUAUCUGGCUAUUGGACCCAGCUCCGUCGUAUUGGAGUGGAAGGAUGAGUGGUCGCUACGCAUGAAGCGUUUCCAGCGUCGUGCUCGCAAAUGCAGUUGAAUCGAACCGGAAACGGAAUAUGUCAGAGCGGAUUUCAAUUUCAUACACUUGGCUAGGUAUCGGUUUUUGUAUAAAUUGUACAGUUUACUCAAGUUUCUGACCUUUUUCGGCAUCAUGCUAUAAUUAAUCACACUAACACACACACACACACACACACACACACCUACA